AUCUCAGGUUUAAUACCUUUACUGUUGGUAGCAAAAUAGUAUUAGUUUCACGAAAUAUUACUGGAGAAAGAUCAAGAAUAGAACCAAAAAUUACUGAUUUUGGUCAGUCUAGUAAAGAAGAUGAAUUGUCUACUAUUACCCAUG